AUGUCUACGAAAUCGAAAAAGACCGUAUCUUCGUCCUCAAACAUAAGUGUUGUGUCGUCAGUGCAGAGUCCCCCACAAUCGAGCACUCCUGUUGGUAGCCGCCCUUCUAGUUCAGCCGGCAGGCCAAGCAGCCCUUUAAGCCCUACUAGGCACAGUCGUCUACAGGAAAAGGAAAAUUUACAAAACCUAAAUGACCGCCUUGCCGCCUACAUCGACAAAGUUCGCCAGCUCGAGAGCGAAAACUCGGGGCUGCGCCGUGAAAUACAAACCACACAGGAGGUGGUCACACGCGAGGUUUCUAACAUAAAGGGCAUGUAUGAGCAUGAACUGCAGGACGCCAGGAAGCUCCUAGAUGAUACGUCCCGUGAGAAAGCCAAGUUAGAGAUCGAUUUAAAGAGACUGUACGAAGAAAACGAUGAUCUAAUUAAACGUUUGGACAAGAAAACGAAGGACUGGCAGCAGGCAGACAACUUGGCGCGCCAUUUCGAGACUCGGUUCACGGAAGAGAGCAACAAGUAUAACACUGCACUUGCUGAUAAGAAGAAGGCUCAAGAUGAGGCCAGGGACUUGGCGAAGGAGUUGGAGAAACUUAAGAAGGUGUACGCGGAGACGCGCAAGACUCUUGAAGAGGAGAUGCUCUGCCGCAUCGACAUGGAGAACACAGUGCAAAGUCUUCGCGAAGAACUGUCGUUCAAAGAUCAGGUAUUCCAGCAAGAGUUGCAGGAGACACGUACCCGAAGACAGGUCGAAAUUUCCGAGAUAGAUGGAAGACUUGCACAACAAUAUGAAGCCAAACUACAGCAGAGUCUCCAGGAGUUACGUGAGCAACAAGAGGCUAAUAUCAAGGCCAACCGUGAUGAAAUUGAAGCUCUCUAUGAAAAUAAGCUUAAGAACCUACAAGCAGCUGCAAACCGCAACAGCAGCGCGGCGACCGUCGCUGUCGAAGAACUGCGCACCAUGCGUACGCGCAUCGAUAGCCUUAACAACAACUUGAACGAUCUUGAAAAUAAGAAUGCUGCUCUUAGCAACCGUUGCCGUGAAUUGGAACGCCAAUUGGAGUCUGAACGCGCCCGUCAUGCUGAGGAUCUGGCAUCCUUGGAGCAGGAACUGGCUCGGCUUCGCGAUGAGAUGGCAGCCCAACUGCGAGAGUACGCCACCCUCAUGGAUAUUAAGAUAUCUCUUGACCACGAGAUCGCCACUUAUCGUACUCUCCUUGAAGGAGAAGAAGACAGAUUGAACAUAACGGCACAGUCGCCCGGUCGCGACUCCCGCGCUUCCAUGAGCGCAAGCGUGAGCGGCAGCGGACGCGUGACGCCCGGUCGUAGAGCCACGCCCCUCCGCGCUGCACGCAAGCGCACUCUACUCGAUGAGAGCGAAGAGCGUAGUCUUCAAGACUUCAGUGUCACAUCCUCUGCUAAGGGCGAUAUCGAGGUAGCCGAAGCGUGCCCCGAUGGCUCUUUUGUUAAAAUCCGGAAUAAGGGGAAGAAGGAACAAAGCAUCGGUGGAUACCAGAUUGUUCGCAAAGCCGGCGACCAAGAGACCCUAUUCAAGUUUCACCGCACGGUGAAGUUGGAGCCUGGCGCGAUAGCGACCGUAUGGUCGGCUGACGUCGGCGCUGACCACGACCCGCCCAGGGAUAUCGUUAUGAAAGGCCAGAAGUGGUUCGUCGCCGACACGUUUUCGACAACGCUGUUGAACAAUGAACAAGAGGAAAUUGCGACGUCAGAGAGACAGCGACGGCAAGUAAGCACGAGCGCACAAAGACACCGUGAGCUCGCCCACAAGUUCCCACGACGUGAAGGACUCGGUGAGAUACGCGAAGGAGAAGAGAACUGCCGUAUAAUGUAA